GCCUGGCUGAGGAGGUGCAGGGCCUGGCCGAGAGGCUGAAGAAGGUGUCGGAGUACCAGAGCACUCUGCUCCGAGUCAACACGCAGCUGAACGCCUGGCUGUGGAACAUUGAGGAGCUGUCAAAACACCGCCGCCAGUCGCACCCGCAGCCUGUACCUUGACCUUCCCACCAGCAGGGGGCACAACCCUCUCUCCCGUCUGACCCCCGCUGUACAGUACAGGGUGCGGCGCUCGCUGCAGUACUAGGUCCGCCCUGCUCGUUGUUACUUGUCUGUAAAUAAAUUUGCAACUGCGUGUUUUGUGUUCACGAUAAAAUUGUGACAUUUGUCGGCUCGUGUUCUUCUUUGCCGGAACGGAAUGACUGUGAGGUGUUUGUGUGAGAAUGCAACUGCACUGCUUUUCCACACAUCGCCGACAGCACGACAAAUUACAACAUAUACAGCUGAAGAAGGCUCCACAGCCGAAAUGUCAUCUCUUUUCUUGUCCUUUCUGUGCAGAAUAAACCUUUACGUGGUCCUUUGAAUUACAAUAUAGCGAAGUAGACAGAGGCAGGGUAGGGAGCUGUACAUUGAACUUGGAAGUCUAAAAACAUAACUUUCGAGUUCGGUGUUUCUGCAGUCGUGCUACGCUCUUUUAGGUAGUGUUAAUACUAAUUUGAAUAUUUUAAAAUUAAUACUAAUUGUAACUUUGCCACUAGCGGUCGGUCCUGGAAGAAUCGUACUGUGCAGCAAUCGGAAAGUGAGGAGCUCGACAUGAGCUGUACUGUCUGACAGAUCCCGCAUAAUAAAGAGCACUUAAGCCCAAACCUCUUAUCUUCCUAAAUCAACCAUACCACAACAGUACAUUUGCAAAUUUACGGACACGUCCCGGCCUCUGAAAGUUCCGGCCCGAGUGAGCGUCACGUGUCUUCCUCCCGCUGCUGAUUGGCUGGCAGCGGGGAGGGAGGCGGGCUGAAACCUGCUUCUGGCCCGGAAGUGGAUGGUUGGCAUGGUAACGGUGCAACGCCAAAUCUUCAAGGCAUUUCGAGGGCUACAAUCAGGAUGGGAAAGAAGUUAGAGAAGGCUCCAAAAGAGAAGAUAGACAGAGGGCAUUCUGGGACAGAGGAAGAUUCCUCCAAGAGUACUGGACUAAAUAUUCUGGAGAAAUCUGCAGUACAAAGUAUAGAGGACUACCAGUGCACUGGCAAUCUUGAAGCCGAUUUCCCAGAGCUCUGUGCUCUUGUGGGCAUGAGGGAGAUCCCUCCUGUAACCCUGAGACCUCGGACAGGGGUCACGCCAACCACAGACAGAAGUAUUCUGGAUAACAGCCAAUCACAGCUGGAUGGAGGAGGCCCGCCUCCAGCCGAGCGCUUUUCCUGCUUGAAGCCCCGCCUGCAGGUGGAGCUGGAGGGCGAUGACCCCCGGAGCGUCCGAGAGGUCAGGGUCAGGGGGUGGAAGGUGGGCGAGCAGAUGGCCAGAGUCUUCAGCAGGAGUCUCCCCAACCUGAGCAACCUGCAGAGCUUACAUCUGUGGAGAGUGGGGCUCACCCAGCGAACUUUGACCUCCCUGCGCAACACGCUGUCUCUCUGCCUCAGCCUUAGGACAGUGCUUUUAGAGGGGACUCCCAUUCCUGAGCAGUGCUACCACAUCCUGAUUGCAGAGGACAGCAUGCUGGCUCACCUGUCUCUGCGCAAUAAUCAGAUAGACGAAGAAGGGGCUCGUCUGGUUGGCCAAGCCCUGUCCACACCCCGCUCGGCCAAUAAGAGCCUGCUGUCCCUCAACCUGGCUUUCAACCGCAUUGGAGACACUGGAGCACAGCACAUCGCCCAGGGCCUGCGUCUGAACCGCACGCUGCUGUGCCUCUCUCUGGCUCACAACCACAUUGGAGACCCGGGAGCCUCCGGCCUGGCGCAGCCCCGCCGUGCAGACUCCAAGGCAGACCGCCCACUCAGCUAUCCCAGCAGCACCUCGCUGGAGCGCGGCGUCAAGACCAGCAAGAGCGCCUCCAAGAGGAAGGAUAAGGACCCUCCCAAAAAGGAGGACAAACCCAGCGCCCUGGCCAAUCAGACCGCUGGGGGUGUGGCCACUGGGGGGCAGGGCGGGGCUACUGGGAAGAAGGAGGACACUAAAGUUGCCAAAAAAGGUAAUUUCCACAAACCCAAUGACAAGUCCGGCUCUGCGCAGAACAAGGUGGUGGAGACUCAGGAGGCGGUCUGCCCCCUGCUGGACACAGUGGAGCAUCGCGAGGGCUGUGUCUUCAUCCCUGGAAACCACACCCUCACCUCCCUCACCCUGUCAGGGAAUCGGCUGACGGAGUCGUGUCUGCCGGCGUUCCUCUCUGCUCUGGCCAGUCAGGGAGAAGCAGGGAGCACAGGGGGAACUGGUCUGCUCCGGCUGUCUCUCACGAGAAACCACUUCUCCCCAGACUGCGAGCCCUUCCUGAAGAUACAGGAAGUGAUGUCGAUCAGAGAUCCGCUCAACAAGAGCGUCCCCCAGCUGCCAGAGGAAGAGCAAGCCCAGCCAGUGUAGCAUUUCCGGAGGGACACAUUUACAGGGUGUGCAGCCCUGCCUCCUCUAACUUCACAAAGUCACGGUGUUCCCAUAAUAAGUCUAAUAACUUCUCAGCUUGUGAGAGGCAGUACUACUUUUUAUUUCUACAGAGAAGCUAUUUAGAAUAAGCUGUUUUCACAGUAAAAACUGUUUUAUUGACUCUUUACUUGGUAAACUCAGAUACAGGCUUACACUUUGUGAUAUUUUGCGCUGUGAAAUGUGAUGUAAGAAGCUGCAGGAAUAGAAGGUUUAAAAGGUGCUGCCCAACAGGAAUCAUUGUAAUUAAACUAUACAAUUGAAGACAG